AGGAAAAAUUUGUUCCUCUCAUUGGAGAACCUACUUCACUGGGACAACUUUUCUCCAGUUCAUUCCCACAACUCACGUGUCUGACCUUCCGAGAGCUAGUAAUGGGCAACAUACGCAGUGAAGCAAUACUACGUAAUCUAAAGAACCACCUGCAUUUGAAAUCAAUAAGUAUCAUCCGCUGUUUUACGGAUGACGAAUUGGAUCCCCUGGCUGAACAAAUAACUACUGAGAACAGGAUGAAAAUAACGCUUCAACAUGACACGGCACAAAAGAGCACCAAGGGAUGGUUAACAGGAGAUGUAGUGGAUGCACUUUGUCAUCGAACAUGCGUCCGUUAUUUUGAAGUACUCGAAAUGGGCAGAAAUGUUACAAGUGACAAACGUCGGCCACACCUUCGUUGCAGAAAGGUGGAUUCAAAGACCACCAUACACGAUACAGACAUCAUGGUCAGUUUCGAUGUUGAAUCUCUGUUCACCAAUGUUCCUGUCACCGAAUCCUGCCGAAUCGUCGAAGAACGCCUCGAAGCUGACGACACCCUCGAAGCUGACGACACCCUCCCUGACAGAACUCCCCUGACACCGGAUGAAAUACAUGACCUCAUGUACUUCAGCCUCAACUCAACUUCCUUCAAAUGGCGAGACCAUUACUACCAGCAACUUCAAGACGCAGCCAUGGGAUCACCUCUUUCACCGGUUAUAGUCAACAUCUUCAUGGAGCACUUCGAAACUACGGCACUCCAGACUCUCUCACAACGUCCUUCUUUCUGGCUCCGAUAUGUCGACGACACAUUCGUCAUCUAGCCACAUAGCAGGCGUGACUUAGACCACUUAAUAUUCCUCGCCCACAUCAACCGGCAUCACCCGAGCAUCAAAUUCACCAUGGAGACUGAGCAAAACAACAGCACCCCCUUCCUAGACGUCCUCGUUACCAAAUCGCCAUCCGGCAAGCCCGCUCACCAAGUCUACAGGAAACCCACACACCGAUAGAAAUCUUCACUACAGAUCCUUCCACCAUCCAUCCGUACUACAAUCAGUCCCCAACGCCCUCAUCCGCCGAGCCCAUCAACUCAGCGCGAUGCCGACCAUCUAGACCAGGAAAUCUAGCAUGUCACCACAGCCCUAACUACCAUCAACAAAUACCCAAGACAUAAGAUCAAAUCCAAGACUCCCGCCAGCAAGCCCGCAGCCAACACCAUCCCUGAAGAGAGCCAACCCGCAGCUACACCACCGAAACAAACUGUUGUUCUUCCCUAUAUCGGUCAAGCCUCUCACAAGAUUCAGCGUAUCCUUCAAGCAGCAGACAUCCAAGUUCGACACAGUUCCUCCAACAAACUCCAUUCGAUACUCCACUCCCACAAAGAUAAGCAUCCAAACCACAAGAAAGCUGGAGUCUACAAAAAACCAUGCGAAUGUGGAAAAGUCUACAUGGAAACAAGACCCAAGGAGCACAGAACCAGCUUCAGACUCAGCGAUUGGGAUAAGUCCGCCAUCGUCAAACACGCCCAGCAACACGAACACACCAUCGAAUGGGAUAACAGUCAUCUCAUCUCCAUAAUGAAGGACUGGCAUACACGCCGAAUCCGAGAAGCCAUCAAAAUUCACCGCCACAACACCGUGCCCCAAGACUCAGGAUUAUACAUCAACGACAUCUGGAAGCCCCUCAUCAACAAGUACCCGAUCACUCCUCCUCCACCACCACCGCCUUCACCACCCCGCAGACACCCGUACAUCAACCACCGCCACCCGCCGAACCCUCAAAGCAGCCGCCAGCCUCACAGCUACAAUGCACAGCAGACGACAGCAGACUACAAUGCCGCCUACGUCGGGGACACACAUAGCGCCUCGCCGACAGCACACCCAACCCAUGGAUUCGAAACUCCCCGACGUCCGCAACCCGGAGACUCCAGCCCAGACGGACAGCCAGACGGACGAGCAGACCAGCCAUGUCCACUCCCCGAUGACUCAAGCCCACACAGUCAUGUAUCGUAUCAUUCAGACAUUUAAGGUCAGCCAUUUGAAUCUACGCGAUGAUCAAUCAGCAUCCUCCUGCCUGGGGAAGUUUCUCAGUCUCCUGCCUCAUCUCACAGACGUGGAGAUUCGCUCAAGUUCCCUUCAUGAUGAGUUCUACAAAGAGAUUGCUGAUCGUGCUUCUUCAUCUCAGGUAAA